UUCUACUUGUCAACCCUAUCAUUUGACUCUGUCUAAUAAUUCUCUUCUUUUUAAUGUUUUGUUUUGGUCUGAAGUUGGAACUGGAUUCUGGACAAUCUCCCAGUUCCUCAUAUUUCUUUACUCCUACCAGAUGGCGCAAACACUGAAAGUUCACCAAGUUUGCACGGUGGCGCCGCCACAAGAAGCCGCUGCAACCUCUCUCCCCUUCACCUUCUUCGACACCCUAUGGCUGAGACUCCCUCCGGUGGAGCGUCUUUUCUUCUACGACCACCCCAACUCCACCACCUCCUUCUUUGACUCUGUUCUUCCAACUCUCAAACACUCCCUUUCAAUCACCCUCCAACACUUCCUCCCUCUCGCCGGCACCAUCACAUGGCCCCUUGAUUCCCCCCACCCCAUCAUCACCUAUCUCCCCGGCGACGCCGUCCCCCUCACCGUAGCUGAAUCAGCCGCCGAUUUCAACCAGUUAAGCUCCAACCUCUGUGAAGCUCAAAAACGCCACCCCCUCAUACCUCCCCUGAAAACCUCUCAUGAGAAAGCCUCUGUUAUGUCACUCCAGCUCACUCUCUUCCCAGACGCUGGAUUCUCCAUUGGAAUAACCACACACCAUGCAGCCCUUGAUGGGAAAACCUCAACUUCAUUCAUGAAAGCUUGGGCCUCUGUUUGCUCUAACCUCAAAGUCAAAGAUCAAAACCCCUGUUAUUCACUCCCUGAGAAUCUAACACCUUUCUUUGACAGGUCAGUGAUAACAGACCCUUCAGGAAUCAACGAGGUUUAUGCGAAUAGUUGGUUGAAUUUCGGUGGAGAAACCAACAACCGAAGCUUAAAGGUGUGGGAAACGCUUGGUGGUGCAAUAGGGGAGGAUACAGUGAAAGGCUUGUUUGAGGUCACCCCUUCACAUAUAAAAAAGCUGAAGCAAUAUGCAGAGUCCAAGAUUGAUAAGAACAAGGUUCGUUUGUCAUCGUUUUCAGUUACUUGUGCUUAUCUGAUUUCAUGUGUGGUGAAAGUAGAACAAGUGAAAUCGAAGAGAGUAGCUUUUGUGUUCAGUGUGGAUUGUAGAACCCGUUUGGAGCCUCCAAUUAAGCCAACUUAUUUUGGGAAUUGCAUUAUGCCUCACUUGGCUGUGGCUGAAACAGGAGAGGUUUUGGGUGAUGAUGGGUUCAUCAAUGCUCUUGUGGUGAUUUCUGAUGAGUUGAGUGAAUUGGAGAGUGGGGUGAUGAAUGGAGCAGAGGAUUGGAUUUCAAAGAUACAAUCUGUGGCGGGUGAUAAGAUGUUUUCCACUGCAGGGUCACCUCGGUUUGAGGUUUAUGGUGUUGAUUUUGGAUGGGGAAGGCCUAAGAAGGUGGAUGUUACUUCUGUUGAUAGAACUGGAGCAUUUUCUCUUUCAGAUAGUAGGGACAUUCAUGGAGGAAUUGAGAUUGGUUUGGCAUUGAACAAGUCUCAAAUGGAGGCUUUUGCUGAAGUUUUUGCCAAAGGACUUGAAUCCUUGUAAUGGACUAUUGAUGAAACUUCACAGUCCUGAAAAAACAAGAAUAAAAUUAGCACUUCUGUUUCAA